GUGAACCUGCUAUUAAGAAUGAAUUCCCUUCAGCCUUGCCAGUUCUUCUCAGGAUUUGUAUGACUUUUCCCUUUACUGAGUACUGGGUUCUUUGUUUUCAUUAUUGCUAUCAUCAACAUAUUGUUAUUUUUAUUUUGAAUGUUUCUGUCAUCACCCUGAAUCAGUCAUCUUCAGAAACCUCUCAUUCUGGACCUUACCAGUUUUUUUUUCACUAAGUACUCAUUCUAGGUCUUUUGGCAACUGUCUGAGGGCAUCCUUGAUAAAUCUUCCUUUCCAGUGAAAAAAGAAGAAUAAUUCUCAAUAAUAAUGAAAACCACCCUCAUUCUGGAUUUGCUUUUUGCUGGAUAUUUUUUAGCUAUAAAUGGUCUUCAGCAGCAGAAAUCUCCUGCCAAAAAUCAUCAGGCCAUACACCCUCUCCAGGAGUCAGAGGAGAGAAGAGCAAGAAACCAAGUUGUCAGUCGAAACAAUGAAUUUGCAUGCAAGAUGUACCAAGAAUUGUCCCAAAAAAGUAAAAAUGAGAACAUCUUCUUCUCCCCUCUCAGUAUUUCCACUGGUUUCUCCAUGUUGACUUUGGGAGCAAAAGAUUACACUCUAUCUCAACUAAGUGAAAAUCUCAACCUAAAAGAUAUGCCCAUGAAGCGUAUCUAUCAAGGCUUCCAUUACAUCAUUCAGAGUCUCAACCAACCCAAUAGGGAUCUCAAGCUCCACUUAGGCAAUACUCUAUUCAUUGAGAAUCAGCUGAAAGUCCAGAAAAGAUUUCUGAAUGAUGUCAAGAACAUUUAUGAAGCAGAAGUUAUCCCAAUGGAAUUCAAGAACCCUAAGAAAGCCAUUACAGAAAUCAACAAUUAUGUUAGUCAGAAAACCCAUGGGAAAAUUAAUAAAUUGAUAAAGACUCUAGAUCAGAACACGAUGUUACUUCUGAUUAGCCAUAUUUACUUUCAAGCUGAAUGGGAAAAGAAGUUUAACUCAAAGGAUACCAAAGAAGAUGAUUUCUUUCUGAUCAAUGGGAAGUCAGUCAAAGUCCCCAUGAUGUACCGAGGUGGCAAGUACAAAACUGCUUAUGAUAAGCAGCUCUCCUGUACAAUUCUAGAAAUACCUUUUAAGGGAAAUGUCACAGGCCUUUUCAUGAUCCCAGACCAAGGGGAACUGAAGAAAAUGGAAGAAGGGCUCUCUAAGGACAAGUUGAUGCAAUUGAGGCAAUCAUUACAGUACAGUUCUGUUGAUGUGUGUUUACCCAAGUUUUCCAUCUCUGGUACCUAUAACGUGAAAAAGUAUCUCUCUGGGCUUGGCGUCACAAGAAUUUUUGAUGGAAGUGCUGAUCUCACCAGAAUCAGUCCCCAGAAGACCCUGAAAGUUAGCCAGGCUAUUCAUAAAGCUGUGUUGAAGAUGGAUGAAGAAGGAGCAGAAGCUUCUGGAGCAACUAGCAUUGAGACCCUACCAAUGACUGUUCCCCCACUCAUUAAAUUUAACCACCCCUUCAUGAUGUCGAUGAUAGAUAGCAAUUCCAAUUCUAUUCUUUUCAUGGCAAAAAUAAUGAACCCAAAAUGAAAUUCAAAUAGCAAGCACCUCAAGCUUCCUAAGAUUUCUUCCUGCUGUCACUGAAUAAACAUUGUGACUUGCAA